CGAGACUCAAACCGACUAAGUCCGCCUCUCCUGUUUUCUUUUGUCCGCCCCGCUGUGUCUCGCUGAAGAAAACCAGAAUGUCGCCCCUUCAUAGCCGGACGUCAACCACCAUCCCUCUGUCCUCCUUCAUCGUCGCACUUCCUACCUCAAUUACAGGCUUCCGAUUCUACGAUUUCGAGAUCGAGAAAAGGAACAAAGCAGAGCCGAAUUCUAGAUCUUCUUCUCCAAAUUCCCGAUCCCAAAAUUCCAGGGUUACCACUUUGUUGAAAAAGAUGAAGAAAUUAAGGGAUUGGAGCUUGAAGAAAAGUUGCUACCCACCAUUGUCGUCCGCCAGCGAGCAGUGGUCCGCCGCCGUCUGCUUCCUGCUUCCUCCUCUGGUGCGUGACUUCAAUUUUUGUUGCAGCGGCUCUCUUAUUCUCGGUGAUAUUUCCCCCCUCCAACUCUCGACCAAUUCCUCUGAAUUUAUAGCCAGGAGAUUUCUUCCCAUUGAGAUUAUUCCCGUUGAAGCUUUAAUUGGGCGAAAUUCAUGGUGGAACGUUGGAGCGUGCUUGACUUCAGCCCUGGCGUUAUCUUCGUUGUGGAAGAAGUCAUAAACUUCUUUUUUUUGCCGUGCGUGAGAUUGGAGAAGAAAGAGUAUGCUGGGCUGGUAUUCUUUUGUUGAUCAUUGUUUGGGCUCCGGCCCAAACUCCAUCUAUUCUUUCCAACAUGAACUUCAAUUUGGCCCGUUUGCUACCCUUUUUUCUCCACAAUAAGAUAUCUAAUAACUU